AUGGGGUCCGAUCCGCAGUACAUAAAGCACCCUGACCUCGUCCUCGCCCAACAUGUCUUCAACCUGUCCAACCCGUCGUGCACCCAGACGGUGCAGCAGGCAUCGCUGAAGAAGGUCCAGAGCGUCAUCUCCGAGAACAAGAUGGCCCCGUUCUACCGACACCUCGCACACCCUGUCGAAGGAAUUCUGAACCACACCGGGGAAGGCGUCCCUCAGCACCAGGGCGGCUCCGCCAAGACCUUGAUUACGUCGAAUCUGCUGGCAUCUCGGAAGUCGCCGCAGAAGAUCGAGUUCCCCUGGGAUGAGGCUCUAUAUCAAUCGCUAGUUGAGGAUAACCGGAAAGAGUUGGAGACCCUCCAGAAGGAGGAAGACGACGCGGAGGAGGCCGCCGGUGAGACGGAGGUUCUGGCCGCGAGGGGGAAACGUGCUGAGUUCUGGGCGAAGGUGGGCGACAAGGACAAAGCGAUCGAAUCCCACGAGGCCCUUCUGGAGAAGACGACGUUUUUGGGAACGAAGAUCGACCUGGUGAUGGCGAUGAUCCGGAUCGGAUUGUUCUUCGGCGACUCUCUGUUUGUCAAGAAGAGCAUCGAGCGGGCGGAAACCUUGGUCGAGAGCGGCGGGGAUUGGGACCGAAGGAAUCGUCUGAAGGCCUACAAGGGACUGCACCUGCUUACCAUCCGUUCCUACAGCCUGGCUGCCCCUCUCCUUCUCGACAGUCUGUCUACUUUCACGAGUUACGAACUGUGCAGCUAUUCCGCCCUAGUCAUCUACUCUGUCCUCGCUGGAUCGCUAUCGCUGAAGCGAGUUGACUUCAAGGCCAAGGUCGUGGACGCGCCAGAGAUCAGGGCCAUCCUGGGAUCCGGGGAAGAUCGGCUCGCCGCUCUGACCGGUGAGGUGUCUUCCGGACCCGGAGACGAGGAUAUGAAAGAUGCAUCCACUGCCAGCAGCACGCCGGGUGCCGCUACGACCGCCGUCAACCUGACCAUGUUCGCCACCGGUUCUGGCAUCCAGGCCGAAGCCGAAACCCCGGUGGACUUCACAUCCCUCGCCGAUUUGGUCAACAGCCUGUACAACGGCAACUACCGCACAUUCUUCGUCGCCUUGGCGGCCGUGGAAGACAAGUUCCUGACCCAAGAUCGAUACCUGCACGAACACCGUGCGUGGUUUGUCCGCGAGAUGAGACUGCGCGCCUACCAGCAGCUGCUCCAGAGCUACCGAGUUGUGGGACUGACCAGCAUGGCCAAUGACUUCGGCGUGACGGUAGACUUCUUGGACCGGGACCUGGCCAAGUUUAUCGCCAGCAACCGCAUCUCCUGCACCAUCGACCGGGUCAACGGCAUCAUCGAGACGAACCGACCAGACGACAAGAACAAGCAGUAUGCCGAUGUGGUCAAGCACGGUGAUGCUCUGAUCACGAAGCUCCAGAAGUACGGUCAGACCGUGCGCCUGAGGGGAAGCGAACGGAGCUAG